AUGCUGGGAUUCCUUAUCACUCAGAAAGGAAUCGAAGUAGACCCUCCUAAGAUACAAGCUAUCAUGGAGAUACCACCGCCAAAGACAAAAAAGGAGGUGAGAAGCUUUUUGGGAAAAGUACAAUUCAUCAACAGAUUCAUUUCCAGACUCACAGCCACUUGCGAACCUCUUUAUAAGCUUUUGAAGAAAGACAUAGAUGUUGAGUGGAAUCAAGACUAUCAACGAGCGUUCGAGGCAGUCAAGGAGUAUCUUCAGAACCCGCCUGUAUUGUCACCACCCAUCUCUGGAAAACCAUUAAUUUUGUACCUUUCAGUAACAGAAACGUCCAUGGGAUGUAUGCUGGCACAAGAAAAUGAUGCUAAAGUAGAGUGCGCCAUAUACUACCUCAUCAAAAAGAUGAUGGAUUAUGAGACAAGGUAUACUCCUUUGGAGAAGACCUUUCUAGUUUCUCGAUUAGACCCAAUCAAAUAUCUUUUUGAGAAGCCAGCACUUAUUGGAAAACUGGCUAGACGGUUAUUGCUGUUAGCAAAGUUUGACCUCAAGUACAUGACAAGGAAAUCAGUAAAAGGAAGGGUUGUGGCAGAAUUCUUGGCAGAUCAUCCCAUAACAGAGGCUAAGGUAGAAGAUUUCAAGUUCACUCACGAAGACAUCUUAUUUCUCCUAGACGACACUUGGCAGCUUUACUUUGAUGGAGCGUCAAACCAAUUUGGGUAUGGCAUAGGGGUAUUACUAGUUUCCCCCAAUGACUCUCACAUCUCUCUAUCAUACAAAUUAAGGUUUGAGGUCACCAACAACCAAGCUGAAUACGAAGCCUGCAUUGCUGGAAUGGAAGUGGCACUAGAACUAGGGGCAAGAAGGAUAGAAGUCAUUAGAGAUUCAAACUUAGUGGUGUCCCAAGCAAGGGGAGAUUGGAAGGUUAAAGCGGAUACAUUAAAGUUGUACCACUCCGUGCUGGAAACUUUAAUUCCACAAUUUGACUCCAUUAUCUUCACGCACACUCCACGAGUGAGUAAUAGGUUCGCAAAUGCACUGGCAACACUGGCCUCUAUGGUCGAAAUACCCCUGGGAUUUGCAAUGUGGCCGCUAAUGAUCGAGCAAAAGGUCAAACUGGCAUGUGAAUGUACUUUCAUUGAGGAAGGUGAGGAUGAUGGGAAGCCAUCACUACAAGAAAAAUUGCAUUUUACAGUGUUUGGAAAAUGCUAUUAA